GCUUACAAGCGAUUUGUUUUGGAACGAGUUAAGGCACAGCGGUUGGGCAAUGGGGAGCCGGAGGUCACGCCAAAGACAUCUUGCUGCGUCCUGUGCCUGCUGUUCAACCAGUCUGCGGCUGUAGCGCAGAUGUGCGCUUCUGAGGGUUUCAGGCUGGAGGCUCACCCCACUGAGCCUGUGUACUACUUCAACGUGAAGUUUGCACCUGACGUGGGCCUGCCUGAGGUAUCAGUGAGAGACUACCAAGGCUUCCUGAUCAACUUUCAAGGGUCUGUUGGAAGCUACAAGCCCACGUUUUACUACAACUGGAGACAUAUGUUGGAAAUGUUACGCAGAGACGCCUCCGGAACAGUGAUGCUCGUUCACCCCGGACAAAGGCAGCCUUAGACACUUAUCAAAACAAGUUAUGAAACGAGUCUCUCUAAAAACGCGAUCGUUGGAAAAGAACAAAAAAAAAAAAAAAAGAACAACAAAAAGAAAAGCGUUUCCAAACAACUACAUGGUAAAUGACAAACUCACAUACCUGAAAGAAUCUCUCUUCAGUCCUGAGCUGACAGCUCUGCGAUCCAGGUUCAGCUGCACAAAAAUGAUAUUGGCCAAAGAGGAAAGUCCUUUCAGAAUUCCAGAUGAGUAUUUGAAGCAAAAUGCCCUCCUCUUUCUUGCUCCUUGCAACGUGACAACCUGCUUUGCCUGAGCCCUUGGGAGAAUUCCUCCUCCCUCCAGUCGGAUGCUUGAAUUUAUGUGGUCAGAUAUCACUGUCUCUCCCCCUCCCUCUUUCCCUGCAGCUUUUCCUCCUUCAGACAGAAGACUCCACCUUCUAAUUUCUCUAUGUUUCUUUAUCUGCCUUAGUGCCCUCCUUCUGCUGCUUCUGUCAGAAGUCCAACAGGAGCACAGCAAACAGAGCUUUCUGUGUCUAGGUCUGCCAGGGGAAACCUGCUCUCUGGUGCAAACAGAGCUACACCAGAAGACUGAGAUCCCAGGCUCUUCAAACCAGAAACUGUUUCAUGCAAACCUAGAGAGGUUUAAGUAAAAUUACCUGGCUCUGUAAAAACACCAUGGAAGCGAAGACUCAAAAAACGAUCGAUCCUUCUGCCAUGAAAACAUUCCGGGAAAAGUAUUGGAUGUCCAGCCAUCGCCUGGGCAAGGGGGGCUUCGGCAAAGUGUUUCUGGGAAAGAGGCGGAGCGACAGGAUUUCCGUGGCCCUGAAGUUUGUCCCGCUCUUGCGUACGAGAUGCUGCGAGGUCGACGGGACCAGUAAGCCGCUCGAAGUGGUCGCCUUGGAAAUGGUCACCAAAGACCCUCCGUUUCCGGGGAUCAUCCGCAUGCUGGACUUUUACAAGACCCGGGGAGCUUGGGUGAUAGUCACGGAGACGCCAGAGAACACGCAAGAUCUGUUUCACUACAUCACGACCUGUAAGCGUCUGUGUGAGGACACGGCCAGAGAUUUUCUAGGUCAGGUCAUUCAGGCCUUGCUCCACUGUCACAGCCGCGGUGUCGUGCACAUGGACGUGAAAGACGAAAACCUGCUGCUGGACCCGUCUACGCACAAGCUGUUACUCAUCGACUUUGGUUCUGCCGUUUUCCUUGAACCCGACAAAGUGUACGACACGUUCCACGGGACCGCGGUGUAUGCACCCCCCGAACGGCUCACUCAAGGAUGCUACAAAGCUCUCCCGUCUGAGGUCUGGUCGUUGGGAAUACUUUUGUACGACAUGGUGCACGGGGACAUACCGUUUCAAAACGACGAAGAGAUCCUACUGGGCGAGCUUCGUUUCAAAAAGGACCUUUCCGAGGACUGCGUGGCCCUGAUGCAAUGGUGUUUGAGCAGGGCGCCUGAAGAGAGACCGACGCUGAAAGACAUACUAGCCCAUCCUUGGAUGUCAAAGCAAGACUCGGAGAUGCACCAGGGAAACGCCUCGGCCGGGGACCCGGCGCGCACGCGAGGGGAUCUCCCGCGAUUGAAGAACGAAAUGCAGCACCGUCCGUCGAUGUUGACGCAAGGCUCCGAGAGCCCGGAGGAGCCUGAGGAGGAGGGGGUUAGCCGCACUCCAAUCGAAAAGAGAGACGGAGCAUUCAUUUAAAUCGGCAAAUGACCUCCAUGUUCCUUGGAGUGUUGCUGAAGAGACAGGACUUUCCGCGGCCACUCUGAAGUCUCACAGAGCCGUGUGUCGUCCAGCCUAGGCCCAGCGUUGCAUGGGUGGCAGCUUUCUGAUAGUUUGGCAAAGUGUGUUCCUUCAGGAUUUCUGUGUUGCAAUUUUGCCUUAGUCGAAUAAAAGUUAAAUCUGAACCAA